AGGAAUUUUGCUUCCGAUAUGAUUUCUUCCAAAAAUUCUUAAUGUUCUGCUAAUCGAAAGAAAGUUUCAAAUAUUGUUAAGUUCAUACCUUUACUUAAUUUCAUUGCCAAGGUUUUAAAGUUAUAUAUUUAAGAAGAAUAAAUGAUAUUGCCUCUGAAGCACAUUAAAAAAUUUGUUAAUAUUAAGUCAAGGUUGAAUAUAAUGGACAUUUUUAAAUGGAUAACGUAUUCCAGAGUCCAACUAAUACAUAUCGAUUAAUCGAUUCCUAUCAGAAUAAGGGCUGUGCCAUCUCUAAUGGACAUCUGGCGCAAACUAAAUACAAAGCCUAAACAAUUUACUCGAAAUAAUGAUACAUGAUUUGAUAAUGGCUUGCUUAAGCCACAGUCCAAACGAUUUAGGGAUAAAGGCCUUUAUGGAUACUACAGUUAUUGAGCGAUUUGUACAUCCUUGCGAAAGAGAAAUAUUUAUGGAUAUUUUAAAAAUUAUUAAAGUUUACCAUGAAGUGGUUCAGUUUACAAAUUCCUUCAGACCGCAAAUAAAUGCUGAUGCCGGACUUCCAGAUCAUUCGCAUAGCUACUACAUGCUUAACUUUGUCAAAGGCAUUGAAAUUGCUCUUGAGGAGUAUUAUACCGAGAUCAGUGGCCUAGAGUCUUAUUGCUAUGAGAAGAAGCGCACUUCGCUCACAUGUGUUUACAAUGCCCUCCAAAUCCAGCUUCCUGUACUUGUUUUAAUGAGGAACCUCAUCAUGGAGAUUCAGGUGCGAAAACUGCAAGGAUGCGCCAUGCUCUAUUACCUUUAUCAACAGUCCGUCCAAGGAGACCUUCAAUUGGAAAGAGUGAUGGGGAUAAUUAUAAAGCCUGUUAAGAGAGCAUUUUUCUCGAGUCUGGCCCACUGGCUUUUGUUUGGAGCGGUGAACGAUAUCCAUUCGGAAUUCUUCAUAAAAUGCAUACAAGGCGAUUCAACUGAUAACAGCUCAUGCGGAAAAUCAGUUAGCAGCUCCUUACUGAUCGCCGAUAAGACACCCGAGGAUUAUAUAUGGCAGUACGAGAUAAAUUUAGAACAGCUGCCAGGAUUUAUGUCCAUCAUUGUGGCUGAAAAGGUCCUGUUUGUUGGACAAACAGUGCUAGUCUUUAAAAUUCGGCAAAACGUUAUCGCAAAGAACAAGUCCGACCAAUUAGCAGUGAAACUGGCUGAAAUGUCUCCUGAUGAUCUUUAUGACCUGUGGAACGGCAAAGAAGCUGAGUUUUUCCAAAUGGUUGAAGAUCUUAGCAAUGAUGACACAAUCAAUGACUUCCGCAUCGAAAAUGUUAUAAACGAUAUAAAGAAAUAUGUUAGCAUGCGGCUCUCGGAGAUUGCUAUUAAUGAAGUGGAUCUUGAAAAACAAAUGGGACUCAUCAAAGACUUCUAUUUGUUGGGCCGUGGAGAGUUCUACUUAGAGUUCUGCUGCCAACUAAAUGGAACCAUGGAAACUUAUCGUGAGGAGCGUUUUAAAAACUUUACUAGAUCAUUUGAGCUUGCAGCUGCUGUCACAGGAACUUCAGAUGACUUGGAGAAAUUUUCACUCACUUACGUAAGAAGCACGGGUGAGCCAGAAGAAAGCUCCGACUUUCAUAUCCUGCAAGGUAUCACACUAAAGUACACUUAUGAGUGGCCUUUGAACCUGUUGUUCUCCCCAAAAGCUAUCGAACGAUAUAACAAGAUAUUUCGAUUUUUGUUGAUUAUUCGAACUUUUCAAUACGAAAUACAAAGGGUUUGGGCCAAGCAGACUUGGAAAGCAAAAAAUUUGCCUAAUCCUUUGGAUAAUAAAAUCAUUACUCUUCGCAAUCAUCUUAUGUUCUUUCUAAACAACAUGCAGUACUAUAUUCAAGUAGACGUACUUGAAAGCCAAUUCAGUAUUCUGAUGAAUGUGAUAAAAAGCAAGGCUGAUUUUGAGGAAAUACAAAGGGCUCAUACGGUUUUUUUGGCUAAUGUUCUUUCACAAUGUUUCUUGCUUUCCGAAUCAAAGGAAAGUCAAAUGAAUAUCUCAGGAUGUCAAUCCCAAAAUCCCAUUUACGGAACCCUUCUUAAACUCUUUGGUAUUUGCGAUAAGUUCGCACACAUGAAUCAGACAAAAGAUCCACCUGAUGACUUUAUGGGAGAAAUCGACAGUCUUAACGAAAGUUUUGGUGUUCAAAUUGCGAGCCUUAUACAACUAUUUGUUGAUGUCAAAUCAGCAUCUUGCUUGGGUCCGCUUUCUCAACUUCUUUUGCGAUUAGACUUUAAUCAUUGGUUUAGUACCAACCAUACGGCAGGAUCCAAAUAA